GGUCCUGAUGUUUGGGUGGAGUUUGAAACUAUAAUAAAUAUGGUGUUGCAGUAAGUGGAACACACACACCAUACAGCCCAGAAGACCAGAUAGAUUUCCUCUGUAAGACAGCAUGGCUACAGCUGAUAUUGAACGAUUGGCUCGAUUCAAUAGGUUUCGGUUUUCAGGACGUGAUCCCUGGCGUUGUGUCAGAGCCGUCACAGAUGCUGAGCUUGCUCCCUAUAACCCACUGAAAAAGGUCACCCACGUCUUUCUCCAGGUUGAAAAGUCCGUUUUGCCAGAUGAAAAAUUCCUCUCUGUGAGCAUCAGUAACGGCCCAAAGGAAAAGAAGACUGUGGAUAUAGAGAACACUAACACCGGCAGGGAAAUGCUACAGAAAGUCCUGAAGCUCACACCAAAUCAGGUAGAGGACCUGUAUCUGGUCUGCAAUGGCAAAACAGUGCCGCUGGAUCAGAAGCUGUGUGAUCUCCAAUUGAAGCUGCAGAUUACAUUCAUCAUCUGCCAAAAGUGCCAUGGAGGUUAAAGACACUUGGUUAAAGGACCAGGGUUUAGUGAGGGGCUUUUCUUUUCCCUCUCUCACAUAUCGGUUUGUUUGUAUUCUCAUGGUGUGGGCUGUUUCUAGAUCUUUUUGCUGUUAAUGGUCUCUAUCAGGUUUGGAGGAAUUUAACUUAAUCACUGUAAUAACGCAGCACUAGCUCUAAAGUCAAAUAGAAAUCAACGUCAAAUGUGUCAUUUAAGCUGAAAGAAAUAAUAUAUAUA